AGGAAAAGGAAAAGGAAAAGGAAAAGGAAAAGGAAGGACGAAGGGGAAGGGAAAGGGAAAGUGAAAGAGGAACGGAAUCGCUUUUAUAUCUCUCUCUUUCUCAAUUCUCUGUUUAAUUUAUUAGCGGAGGAGAGGGAAGGAGGGAGUGAAGUAUACGAUUUUGAUUCUUCCUCUCCUUCGUUUUCUUUCGUUUCAAGCCUUGCGAUUUAUUCAUCCCCGGAAAUUCUGAAUUGUUGGUGGGUCGAUUCAGCGCCUCGCACGGGCUACGAUCUUGUCGUCAUAUCGUUGACCAUUUUAUGAGUGAUUACCGCCGCGGUUUGAGAUGUUGGUUGCACGGAGUUUUGAUUUAUGGCAGAAAGAUGCUUUCUUUUCCGCCGCUGAGGAGGUGCAAGAAUCGGCCGACAUAUUGGAAUCAAUAUAUAGGACAUGGUUAAGAGAGAGAAAAGCAAGGUUAAUGGUAGAUGAUUUGGAUGCAUUUACCAGGGAGUUGCGAACUGCUUUGGGAACAACCAAAUGGCAGUUAGAAGAGUUUGAGAAGGCUGUCCGGUUGAGCUACAGACACCAUGGGGAUGAUACUAAGCUGGAAAGACAUAGACAAUUCAUUGACGCCAUUGAAAACCAAAUAUUUUGUGUUGAGGAAUCAUUACGUGAAUAUUUUGUUGAGGAAGGCAAGCAACCCCUUAAAUGGGUAAACCUUAAUGAGGAAGAAUGUGAUGAUUUAGCUGCAUUUCUCUCUGGGACAACUGCUACUAUACGAGGUCCAAAAGAUGAAAUUUUGGAACCUAUGCCUUCUUUUGAAGAAUCUACUCAUGAGACUUAUAGUAAAAGACGAGAAGAAAGCAGUAAUCAGAGCAGCCUAGAUAUUGGCGAUAAAGUCGAAGAAACUCAAAAUGUAAUUUCACGUGCAGGGGAAGAUGUUGUAAGCCAUCCAGAAAGGAUGGCCAAUGCUAGGAGAGUGUGGAGUUCACCUAACUUUGGUUCUAUGACAAUUGCUAUUCCUGAUGAGGAUGAGUGUAUAAACCCAAUUCCAACUGUCGAGGCCACACCUAAAGAUAAAGGAUCUAGAACAAUCCUCUGGAGGCAAAUUGGGCGGGAGUUUCUUCCAGCAAAGGUUGCUGGUCAUGCAUACAAUCAGCUCUUUGCUAGGUUUUUGGGCCGCAGACAAUUCCAGAGUUCAAGGAAUCUACAGCGUGGUUGCUCAGUUCAACUUACACUUGCUCUGAUGUUAACUAUUUUUUUGUUGGUGCCUUUUGUACUUUAUUCAACUUGACGGUCCUGUAGGAGACAUCUACAAUAUUUCAGCGGUCACUACAGAUUUAGAUCUCAACGCUCUGGAGAAAUGAAGGUGUUUUCAGAGGAUUGAAGAUGAAGAAGAAGAAGAAGGCCUAUUGUAUUUCUGUUGCUAUGAACAAAGUGAAAAGGCAACAAGAAUUAGGAUAUAAUUAAUAGAGAUAUUGUACGAUUUACUACAGUGUGUCUAAAACCACAAGCUGCAAAAGAAUCUCGUAUAGAACUGUGCUUGUCUGUCUAUUAUGUCUUCAGGGAUUCUACUGGGAAACCAAAGAUUGAUGCUUUCCUGUCAAAA